UCAUGCACAGCGCGUUUUUUCCUUUUCUCUGCAUUGUAGCAGCUGCAAGUCCAAGUGUCUUGUCUCGGCUUUAUGUUUGGUUUUAUUUCACUCGUUUCUCGUGAACAGCAAAUAAUGGAGCUGGUGCAUCUACUUCAAUGUGCCGUAUCGGACUCGGAGAGACCUUCCGCGCGACAGAAAGUAUAGUAAGAGAACUUUCGCUCGAAAAUUCGCCGCGACUACGUCGAGUGAGAAAUAAAGCGAUAAGUAUCUAUUAGUAUGAAGACAAAAGAGGAAUACGACGAGGAAAUAGCAUGAACAUCAUUUCGGUACUGCUCAGUCUUAUUUAUCAAAACGAACACAAGUGAUUACAACCUAAAAUUCAUCAGCCGUGAAAUUCUGAUACUAGGAGCGUUUUCAUCAAUGUUCAGAAAACGAAAAGGAGGAGUCAAACUUAAACAUUAACUGCACUGGUCUGCUAAACGUACUACACGUACUACAAGGUCAAGGUCUUGCUCCACCACAACCUCUACGUCGAAAAAAAGUCGAAAAAAAUGGCCGUCACGACCUCUUCCACAAAGUCCUUCAGGACUACAUCCGUUAAAGGUCGCGCCGGACGCUCUUCCUCUUGUGACACCCUAUUGAGAAAAGCGAAAAAAGUGAAAAAGGUCUCUUCGAUUAGCCAGCGGGUGAAGUCGACAAGAUCGGCGAUGAAUGCUAGCCUAGAAAAAGGACGAAGGGUUGGGAGGCGGUGAUAUUUUUACGAGAACAUCAGCAGAAUGACACCUCGAAGAUGUUUACGUUUAGCACGUGGUUGAUCUUCAUUUUUGAGGAACCAACAGAUGGAGAAAAAGUUGGAUGCUGAGCUUUGAUAUUUCUUUUUGCGAUUUUGAAGAUUUUGUGCAUUUUAGUGUACAGUGCAAGUAGAAAUGCAAGUGUGGUAGGUGGUACUAAAAGGAGACACAGGCUGUUUCCUCUAAAU